AUGACCAGUCUGGCUGCAUCCAGGGCGUCGGAACCAUCCGAUUAUGACGCCGACUCUCUAAUUAACUAUGAUAGCGAACCAUCCGGGGCGUCGGAACCAUCCGAUCAUGACGCCAACCCUCCAAUUUUCCAUGAUCGUGAACCAUCCAAGGUGUCGGAACCAUCGGAUGAUGACGCCAAACUUCCGAUUUUCUGGGACCUUCCAGCAUCCCAUCGCUUCUACAGCCCCUCAACCGAGGGCGAUCUGCACACCCAGCUCAGAGACUACAUUGUUAAACAAGGCAACCCAAAUCACAUCCGCGCCGCCAGCCGUAUCAUCUUCGCCAUCAACGAACUUGCCUCAACGUCCGCCCUCGGCCAGGGGAAGAUGUUAUUCCUCAGGUAUCCUGCUUGGAAAAUGCAAUCUAUCCACCCCAUUGCAGACCUUCUCUGGGUCGCGUCAUACGAAUGGACAGAGGACACGCGUGAUGAGUUCCUCACCGUCAAGCCCCUCGAACGCGUCCGAAAGAUGUCGGCUACCGACGCCGUCAACCGUCAGGACGUCGACACACCCGUCCUCCCUGUGUUCGUCUUCAAGAAUCUCGACUCCAUCUGUGUACCCGUCGAUCAGGCCCGGAGGCUGGAAGAACCGCCGAUGCCUGAUAGGGGCGCGUGGAUCUGCAUAGGCGAGAAUAACUUGCAUGUGGGUAUGGUGCAGGAUAUUGUGAGCAUGGGAAUCAUUGUCGGUCCGAAUAGUGAGAUGAGCACGGGGCCGGACGUGGUGUCCAGGAGGCUGGACAAGUCGAUCGAGCACCACCGCGCGUACUUGGAGGAGACGAUGGUGCACGGAAAGGACCAGAUCCUGGCGGUAUAUCAGCGGCUGAACAAGAUCGUAUCGUCCGGCUCUGACUCGCACUUGGACACCUGGGGGAGAGCGACCGGGCUAUCAAGUAUCAACUGA